UAAACAGAGCGUAAAAUGACCUGGUGGGACUGUGGGAGUCUACAGAGGCCUGUUCAGUGGAGGAAACACCGGGCUCAGACAGGUUCACAGAAGAGACAUCAGGCUUACACAGACCAAAACUGUGUGGAGGAGAUGGCUGACUACAGUGUACUGAUCACAGGAGCCAACAGAGGCAUCGGUCUGGAGCUGGUACGACAGAUCACAGAGACUCAGAAGCCACUCAGUAAAGUGUUUGCCUGCUGCAGAGACCCCGAUGGACCCAAGGCUCAGGCGCUGAAGGCUCUGGCAGAGAAACACCCUGACGUCAUCAUGGUGAUCAGAAUGGACGUAGCAGACCCAAAGAGCAUCCAGCAGGCGGCGCUGCAAGUGGGUUCUGUGGUUGGAAAGAGUGGAGUGAACGUGGUCAUAAACAACGCAGCGCUGGCGUUCUAUGGCUCUCUGUCGGAGAGCACCACAGAGCAGAUGACUAGCACGUUCAACACAAAUGUGAUCGGGCCCAUGGUUGUCAUUCAGGAGUUCCUACCACAUCUCCGUGCUGCAGCAAAGGUUCAUGGGAAACCAGGCAUGUCCUGUCGCAAAGCUGCAGUGAUCAAUGUCUCCACCUUGGGGAGCUCCAUCGAACUGGCCAAAGAGCAGUACGUCCAAUUCAAACUGCUGCCAUAUCGAACAAGUAAGGCAGCGCUGAACAUGCUGUCUGUGUGCGCAUCUGUGGACCUGCAGAAGGAUGAGGUGCUCUGCGUUUUGCUGCACCCAGGAUGGGUGCGCACAGAUAUGGGCGGGCCUAAUGCGGAGUUAGACGUCCAGGAGAGUGUGCAGGGAAUGCUGAAGGUGAUGGAGUCCAUGAGUGAAAAGCACACUGGAGCUCUGCUGGACUACUGCGGUCACACCAUCCCUUGGUGACCCCCAACAACACCAGCUCUAACCCCCUAAAAACACCAGCCCUGACCCCUGAAGACAUCAGCCCUGAUCUCAUCUUUAGUGACCCAAACAGCCCUGCUCUCUAGAGACCUCCACAGAUGAGAUGACGCAGAGGAAUAAAACACUGUAACCUCGCUCGUCCCACAGUCCUUGUGGUUGGCUUUCUGACCCUUAUACAGUUAUAAAUCCUU